AUGGAAAUCACGGCCAAAGAUCUACCGGCGUUGUUGGACAAUGACACCUCGGUCAAGCUCGCCGGGAUCGACGUCGAUGGCAUGCUCCGCGGCAAGCUUGUCUCCAAAAAGAAGUUUUUGUCCAUAGCCGAAAAUGGUUUUGGAUUUUGCUCUGUCAUAUUCGGCUGGGACAUGCAUGACAGGACUUACAUACAGGAGCUGAAGGUCAGCAAUAAGGAGAACGGGUACAGGGACAUUAUUGCUGUGCCAGAACUCAACACCUUCCGGCGCAUCCCUUGGGAGAACAACGUUCCUUUUUUUCUGGUCAGCUUCUUUGAUCCCGAUACUAGGGAGCCGGUACCAGCAUGCCCACGUGGUUUGCUGAAGACACAGCUAGACAAGUUCGCGACCAAGGGCUACGGGGCCAUGGCGGGAGCCGAGUACGAGUUCUACCAGUUCAAGACCCCAGCGUCCGAUGGCGCCCCAUCCACCGCCACGUACCUCGAACGGAACCCUCCCUCCUCCCUCCCGUUCCUGGCCGAGGGCAUGUUCGGCUAUAGCCUGACCCGGCCCGUCCACAACCAAGACUAUUACUACGACAUCUUCAACACAUGUCAGACGUUCAAGUGCGAUAUAGAAGGGUGGCACACCGAGAGCGGGCCUGGCGUCUACGAGGCCGCUCUUGAAUUUGGCGAGCUCCGGCAGAUGGCAGACCGCGCCGCCCUAUUCAAGUACGUCGUCAAGUCUGUCGCCAUAAAACACGGUAUCACGCCGUGCUUCAUGGCGAAGCCCAAACAGGGGCUUCCGGGGAAUAGCGGCCACAUGCAUGUCUCACUCGUCGACGUGGACGGGAAGAACCUCCUCUACCGCGGGGAAACGGACCCGAACCCGCCAUACCCGGACGUGGCCGACCUCUCCGAUUUAGGGCGCCAUUUCCUAGCCGGCAUCCUCGAAGGCCUGCCCGACGUCAUGCCGAUGGUGGCGCCCACCAUCAACAGCUACAAGCGCUUGGUGGAAAACUUCUGGGCGCCGGUUACCGUAUCAUGGGGCCUAGAGCACCGGGCUGCCUCGAUACGUCUGAUCGCGCCGCCCACCGCCAAGCCGGGCGCCACGCGGUUCGAGGUCCGCGUCCCGGGCGCGGACGCAAACCCGUACUACGUGAUGGCGGCCAUCCUGGCACUGGGCUGGCGCGGCGUCGAGAAGAAGCUGGAUUUCCCCUGCCCUCCGCUAGGGAAGGGAGAGGAUGUGGGAAGUGGUUCCGAUACGGGUGCCCGCCUCGCCAAGACGUUGCGCGAGGCGACUGACCGGUUCAUGCGCGAGGGUAGUAUUGCGAGGGAAGUUUUCGGCGACGAGUUUGUGGAGCAUUUUGGCGGGACAAGGGCCCACGAGAUACGGCUGUGGGAUGAGGCUGUGACGGAUUGGGAGAUGAAGAGAUACAUUGAAACUGUCUAA